AUGACGCAUUUCGCAUCAGGAGAAUGGAACUUCCACCAGUACACAAAUGAUGGAGCGGCAGACGCGGCUAGCGUCGCGCUUCCGGGGACGGUGGCACCAAACACCGUUCGAUGCCCCGCGCCGCGGCAAAGCCUUGACUGCGAAGGAGCACAAAACGAAGUGCUAAAUAGAGUCUCCAACGAGCACGCGCAGCAGCUGCGAUGCAUAUACGCGAAGCUCUACCCCUAUCAGCGGGAGCUUUUCCGCGUCAGCGCCCUGCAAGACUCCUUGGUUUACCUGCAGACGGGCGGCGGCAAGACCUGGGUGGCCGCGGCGCUCAUCUCUCUCCAUCUGGCGAUGCACCCGACCUCGCGCGUCUUCUUUCUGGUGCGCACAGUGGCGCUGGCGGCGCAGCAGGCGAAGGUGUUGGAGCGGCUGACGGGUGUGACGGUGGCAUGCGUGGCGGGCGGGGCGAAGGAGUUCCGCACGGUGGAAGCCUUCUGCCAAGCUCCGCGCUGUCGCGUCGCCGUCAUCAUCGAUACGCGCUUCUUCGAGUGGCUCAGCGCGGCCCCGACCCUCGUGACAGAACAGCUCGCGUCGCUCGUGCUGCUCGACGAAGCCCACCACGCGCAGGGUGGAGCGUACCAACGAAUUUGUGAGCAACUUCACACGUUACGCGAUGGCAAGGCAAGGCAAGUGACAGUGGAGUCCAUGUGCCACCUCGACGAUGCAACCCUACGGGAGCGACUGCAUAUUGUUGGCCUGCGAUCUGCCGCCGCGACCGUUCUCGCAUCCCGGCUGCAACGCGCACACGAGCAGGAGCGGCGGGUGCGUGAGAGACAACUUUGCACGGGUGGCCCGCCCAACUCGCGCCCGUCGCACUCCUCCAACCCUGACGGCGUGGGGGAGCAGGUCGAGAGUCCUGUGCUGGAGCUGCUGUUGAGCUGCUACCCACGCGACAUGCCUCUUCCGCAGCUCGUUGGGCUCUCCGCCUCACCGGUGGUGCACUUCCAGAAAAAAGAGCGGGAGCUGGUAAUGCUGUUGCUCACGCUGCAGUGCCGACUUGUCGGUGUAGUGGAAGAGGUGGCGGACUUAAAGCUGCACCGGCCUAACCCGGCCAUCACGGCGCUCUCGUACCUUCCCCUCUACGAGGAGCGCGUGUUGCAGACGGCGCUGCGGCGAGUGUUGUCGCACGUGUUUCGUCGCAUGGAGGCGCUGGUACCGGAGAACGGGGCGCGAAAGAAGAUGGAAAUCCUUCGCACCACCUCGGUCGCCUCGCCAGGGUUUGAGGCAUGCUGCAACCAGUUCCUCACGGAUGUGGCCAUGACGGAGAAGUUCAAAAAGACACUGCGCUUUCCUCCCGGAAGCGUGUUGGAGAAAGAGGUGCGGACGUACCUGGCAGCACAGACGACGGGCCAGCAUGAAUCCACAGCGCACAACGGCAGCGGUAGCGCCGUACCCCUGCCGUUGCUGAGCAGCGAGGAGGAGAUAAAGAUGUGCGCCGACUUCAUUCUUUUCGGUCUUCAGUUUAUUAAAGCGGCAAGCAAAGCACUGAUCGCGCUGCAAGACGAGUCGUACGAGGCGAUGAUGCGCUCUUUCACGCAAGAUUUCUCCCACGAGGAGGUCGAGCGCAUUCGCGUAGGGUGCGGCCCGAUCACUGCGAUCGUCCUCCGCCCUGUGAUUCUGUCUGUGUUCCAACUCAUGGGCAGCCUACGACACCAACACCCUCUCGCGCUUGCCGAGCACUCCAAUGAGACUCUUUCUACGCAAGACACGAGGUCAUCGUACGCUGGGACGACUAGUGCCUCUGCCACAACUCCCGUGUCAACGCUUUCCUUUUCACACGCUGUCUCGAUGGGCGACGCACUGCAAGCUGGCAGAACCCUCCUGCCAUAUGGACUGCGAAGCCGCAGCACCCGCGUUCAAGUGCUCAUGCGGGUCUUCACGGAGCUCGCCAUGGUCGCGGUGGCGAUGACGCACGCACCGGACGACGUGCUCGAGCAUAACCUGCGCGUUCUCGUCUUCGUCGAAACACGCGAUGCGGCGGCGAGUCUCAUGCGGAUUUUCUCCGAGUACUGCCCCUUUGCCUACAAGGUGUUGCUUCCCGAAGUGCUGCUGGGGCAGAAGAACGGCAAACGCGUUUCGGACAACUACAUGACGCGUGCGGCGCAGACGGCGCUGCUCGAGAAGUUCCGCUGCGGCGAGACGCGCCUUGUCUUUGCCACCACGGUAGCGGAGGAGGGCAUCGACGUGCCGGACUGCCACGUGGUCCUCUACUGCCAUCGGCACACCGAGCUGCGCAACAUCGUGCAGAGCUGCGGCCGCCUCCGCAUGAAGAACACACUUUUUCUGACACUAUCGAACCUGCUGAAUGGGCAUCCGCGGCUGGGCUUCAUCAUGAGCGCUAUUCACCACACGGGAAAGAUGCUGCAGCGCAUGUCAUCUCGCUGCCGUGCCGACGCCUGGUGCUUAGAAAACGAUGAGCUUCUUCUUGGCGGCAGCGUUAACGACAAUGCCAACGGCACACAGAGUUGCGGCAGCAGCGGGUUUUUCCCUGUCACCCUCCCGGUCAACCCGAACGAGGCGUCGCGGCUCACCACACAAGAUUCCACGCUGCUCGCGCGCCAACGCAGUAUUUUGCUCGACCUCCAACGAGCGCAUCGGACCGAGGUGUUUUGCAUUCACAGCCGCGAUUUAAUGGGCGAGGUGGUCUCGUUCGUGCAGGUGACAGUGAUGAUGUCCGUCUCGGCCGGCGGGGGUGGGCACGACACCCCUGUGUCGUCGUUGUCCGCUGGUCUGGGGCGACCGCAGAGCCGCUGGGAUCACAUCUCCGGCACCGCCAGCGGCGGGCUCAUCAAGGCAGCGCAAAAGGCUUUUGUGGAGUUCUGCAAGGAUGCACAGCAGAAAGGCUACCUUACCACCGAAGGCAAGAUACCUCUCCUCGCCAGAGCGGGAGGUGGCGGUGGUGGUGGGGCGGCAGCAGGGGUCGGCUCCUCUUCUUCUGCUGCUGCUUCGCCUUUUACUGGUGUGGUGGCGUCUUGGGACGCGGGGUUGGCCGCGCUGAGGGUUCAGCGCAGCUACGCGAAGACGGCGACCCCCUCCGUCGUCUUCCUCGGCCGUUUUUUGUGUCUGUGCAGCCGCAAGACGUGGCCCCCGUCGGUGCUGGAGUACUUCUUCAAGGGGCGCGCUGGCGUGAUGGCGAUGUACAACGACGAUCUCUGGACAUCGCGAAUUGAGCCGCAGACGGUGCUGCGCGAGGAGCUCCGUGCCGUCGACGCACCGCCCGCAAGAUUUCACCUCCCCAAGAUCGGGAAUGCAGCGUUGAGCGAGGCACGGCGGUGUGGAGCAGGCCUUUCGUCCGCCGCGGCAGAGUCGGAUAGCGUGAGUGAGGUGGGCAGCUACACCUUCAGCAACGCGUACUCGUCCACCACACCGACCAACAGUCAGGACAGUCGCAACUGGUAUCGCGCCGUUCACCAACGCCUCAACGAGAAUCCUGCUGGAGAGCCAUCAACGCGAGAUGCGGAGUUUGCGGAGGUGGAAUUCUUGCUGCCCAUGUCCGUGGUGGACGCGGUGCAGGGGUACGCGUUGCCGCACUCCCCGCGAGCGUCGCAGAGCCCGCUGAGUGAUGCGGAUGCUUUUGCAGGUGCGCAGGACGCUAGGUGCAGCGAUGGCAGCAGCAACAUCAGCCAGCAGCACUCCCCUGUCGCUUCUCCGGCCUCGUCGUGCAGCUGGCGAGCGUCUGCGAUCGGCGCGACGGAAAGAACCUUCUCGACGGGGGCCGGCUGCGGCGUGACGGAGUGCGAUGUUGAGCUGCGAACAACAGAUAAAACGGGCAAGGAGAAGUCCACACCUAUGCGAAGGGUCUGCAUCCGCUACCAAGGCGCACACGCCAGCAAAAUAAUUUCGGUCGAGGGGCUGCGGUGGCUGGGCGUGACGGUAGUCUACGGCGUGGACGAGGAUGAGAUGAAGGGUUUACUGUCCACCUGUCGUCAAGUUGGUACCCUCGAGUAG